AUGGGGGUGGUGGUGGGGAGAAGGGACCGCCCACUCUUGACAAGUGCAAGAGAGCACCAGCAGCCCGACCAGGGGUCGUGUAAUGAAUCUGAAGUCAGAUGUGACAACGGCCGCUGCAUUUCGCGUAUGCUGAAGUGUGUAACGUACGACCACUGUGGGGACGGAUCCGAGCUCUGUUCUGACGACAGCAAUUGGUGGAUCUGGAUCUUCAUCGGCUUGGUCGUUUUACUUCUCAUUGUCCUCAUUAUCUUGCUAAUCGUGUUUUGUAUUAAGCGAAAGAGACGUUCGGCAACUCAAGGGAGGCUAAACUUGCAGCGGUACCUGCUUGUGCCUAGAGGAGGGAAUAAGCCUCAUCUGGUAAAUCUUCCAGGGAUUCUGCUCUGUGAAGAGCUGUGA